UCUCCUUAAUGACAACAAUAUCGAAUCCAUUCUUGAACAAAUAGCACCUCGAUAUCCUGAAACUAUAAUGACUGCUGAGAUUGAGACCAGCAUUCAUACAGAUCAAUUAGAAAUGCCAAGUAUUGCAGAUAUCAUGAAGAUCUUAUAA